AUGGGGAACGAAGGUGAUAAGAAGUUCACUUGGGUGAUUAAGAACUUCUCUUCUUUCUCCUCUUAUAGAUCUGAGAGUGUUUAUUCUGAUAUAUUCGUGGCUGGUCGCUGCAAAUGGCGUCUUCUCGUCAAUCCCGAAGGAUGUAAUCCUUAUGAUGAUUAUUUAUCUCUGUAUUUGGUGGUUCCUAAUCAUGAAUUUUUGACUUCUGGAUGGAGACGACACGCUAAAUUCUCAUUUGCUAUUGUUAAUCAAAAUCCUGGAGAAGUCUCCCAUCUGCGAGAAUCGCAGUACUUGUUUGAUCAAAAGAACCACACAAUUGGAUUUGACUCCAUGUGUCGCCUAAAUCGAGAGUUUCUAUUGAACAAUGAACUCAAGAUUGUCGCAGAAGUUGAUGUUCUUGAAGUUGUCGGUAAUUUAGAUAUACCAGUGGAAACUACAAAGAUCGUGGAUGUCAAUGGGUUUCAAGUCCUUGCUUCACAAGUAGAAUCUGUGAACACCUUGUUUAAAAAGCAUCCAAACAUUGCAUCAAACGUCCGUGCAAAGAAUCCACAACUGAGAACAACAUACUUGAAUUUCCUACUAAGUCUGACUGAGAUUCUAUGCAAGUCUCAUGAGGAACUCUCCAACAGUGAUUUGGCUGACGCUUAUUCUUCACUGACAUAUGUGACAAAAGCAGGGUUUAAGUUGGACUGGUUGGGGAAGGCACUGAAAGAAGCUGGUGAGACGAGGAUUCAAGACAUUGAGGAAGAGUUAAAUGGCUUGACUCAAAAGCGCGCGGACAUGGAUGCCCUGCUGAAGUUCUUGAGAUGA